AUGGGAGGAACAAGCGGUGCGGCGGGGGGCGGUGCGCCAGGAGGAGGGGGGGGCGGAGGGAUGGGAGGCAUGGGUGACAUGAUCGGGAAGAUGAUGAACAACCCGAAGGCCAUGGAGGCGUUCCAGAAGGCGCAGAGCAAUCCAAAGGUCAUGGCCGCCAUCCAAGACGUUACCCAGAACGGCAUGAGCGCCAUGUCCAAGUACCAGGACGACCCCGAGAUCUUGGCGAUCAUCGAGGAGCUCAAGGGCUUGUUCUGAGAGACAAAGGGUAGGGGGGGCAAGAUUGCCACACCACCGCAGGCUAACAGCAGCUUAGUACCACCAUCGAUGACAACGUAGUCUCGGAACCCUGGCACCGACAAAGGGCACAUGCACGCCGUCGAGUGAGAGUAGACAAGCUCUCUCCCGCUGCUGCUGCUGCUGCUGCCGCUGUUGCAGCUGAGACUACGCGGUUGCAGCAGCGGUUGUCGAACUCGUACGUAACACGACAACAAGAGGAGAAUAACUCGGCUCCCGACAAGCAGCGGUACAACAGGAGCCGCACGUAGCAGUAGUGAUUGCGUUCGCAUGUGUGUAGACUUUAGCGUCUUGCGUACGAACGCGUUCGUGGUAUCAUGUACGGUGGUUUGGAUUGGACGGCGCCGAGUUCGCAAUCGGUAUUGUGCAUUUGUAGGCUGAGACGAGCCCUGCCCAUACGAGGCUUUCGUGCUUCGACACACUGCCAUCUGAUGAUGCUUGUUCUUCUUGGUUCCUAUUCAGCCGGUGCGGGUGUGUAGCAAAGUGCGUUUCGUUCGUUGUGCGGUAGAGGUGCCUGAGAGUAUGGAACUCUAGGACCCUACUAGUUCG